UUGAAGUAGGAAGUGAACGAUCAUCAGUUCAGGGUUUAUUCUUGAAUACUUUUAAAAAUCACAAUUCAUAUUCAUCACUUAAAAGACUCCUUAUUUAAUUCAAAGAUUAGUUCAAUGCAUAUAUUUUCCCUAUCAUAAAUUAUAAUGAACAUUUUAAAACCUUUCACUGUCACAUGUAGGGAUUCUAUAGACAAAAGGUAAAUAACUUUUACCCAGCCUAUAUGAGAAAGUUUAGCUUACAUUCAGUUUUCUUUAAAGUGUCUUAGAAAUGACUUAGAAAUACAUUUUCCUUAAAAAGUGAUGAUGAUAUUGGGCUAAAGUUAACUAGGAGUUUUCAGCCUUUACAGUACUAGUGAGCGUGUACUCAGAAAACUUAAAAAGAGCUAGUGGGUGCUAGGGAGCAACAUAUCUUAAAUAUAAUGGACAAGGAACUUAUUUCAGAGUAAACUGUGAAUUGAUGAAUAAGAAACACCUUGAAAAGUUCUAAACAAAAAUCUUUUUAAAAAGGUAUUAAAAAACUGGGGUACAGCUUAGUGGUAAGAGUUCUUGCCUACCAUGUGCAAGGCUUGGGAUUCAAUCAUAAGUACCACCAAGAGGGGAAAAAACUGCAUUAAAGUUUGCUGCUUAAAGUGCAUUUUAGCCAGACCUAGUAGCAUACCCCUGUGAUCCUAGCAAGAGGAGACUGAGUCAGAAGGAUGGCCAGUUCCAGGACUACUUAUGAGACUCUUGUCUCAAAAAAUAAGUAAAUAAAUAAGUUAAAGAUGAGGCCUUUUUUCCAGUUUUCUCAGACCAUGCAUUCAGAUGUCUUCUUUAGUUCCCUAUUCCAACCUACAUUACUUGAGUUAUUUUUCCUUGGUGCCAUAUUCUAAUUUGAUAAUGUAUAGCAAUUGAAAAUUGUUGGGUAGCCAUUUGAGACAAGUCUUCAUUUGUUGGGCACUCAACUAAUACUAAUAUGAAUUUAAGAUAGUACAAGGUCUCUUGUACUCUAUUCCGUGAUAAAACCACUAAACUAUAAUGCAUUUAAGCUAUAUUUCUACAGAACAUUUAAAAAAGUUACCUUGCUAGCUUUCUUUCAUAAGACAUAUGAUACAGAGAAAUACAAAGAUAAAGCCCACAGUGCCUCCUCCUUUACCAGAGUUGAGUUAGGUGUUUAUUUUUUCAUGUUUCACCCAAACAUAUUUAUUGCCUUUCUCCUUGAACAAAAAUGGGACCAUGUACAUGUAAGUCAACUUGGUAUUUUUAUUUGACAUGCUUUAUUGUAUUAGUAUAUAAAACUUUAAAUUGGCUUUUUGUUCCUAUUAAAUAAUUGUGGACUUUACGUUGUUUUGGUAUGUAUUUUUCAAGUUUUUUUUUUUUAAGUGGUACUGGGGUUUGAACUCAGGGCCUCACACUUGCUAGGCAGGUGCUCUAAUGCGUGAACUACUCUUCCAGCCCUUGGUUUCUGUUUUUGACUCACUACAUACUACUGAAUAGCAGUACAGUACGUAUGCUAUACAUAUAAUCCUUAUAGGCUAAUUGUUUUGUUGGUGCUGCUGUUUGUGUGAGGUAAGUUCCUAGAAGAGCAGCUUGUGUCAAAGGAUCUUAAAUUUUUAAACAAAAAAAGUUCACUCGUUGUAGUGGGCUUAGUACUUGAGAAACACUUCAGUUUCAUAUGUUACCCCACUUAGCCUGCAAUAACCCAGGGAAGGAGAGGCAUUGUUACUCUUAUCUGCAAAUGUGGAAAUGUCACCUGUGUUCAUUGAGCUAGUUAAGAGAUUUUGCUUUCUGCUAUACCAUAAUGAUUAUGACAAAAUUUACCAGUUGGAAAAUCUCUAGGCUAUUUGCGAAUAUAUUUCUUAGCCAUAUAGCGAUGUGCAAGGGACACAGGAAGCAUCGCCGGGAGAGUUUUUAAAAAUGCUAAUAAAAAUUUAUGCCUGUCUCCCCAUCCAGACUAAUUCAAACCUGCCUUGGGUAGGUGGAAUCUGAGCAUUUGUAGUUUUUUAAAGCCUCCUAUCUAGAUUCUUAUGCUCUAUGAAGAUGUGGAACCAGUGACCUGAAAAUUGGGGUGCUCCUAUCCCUGAGGGGCACAUGAAGAGUUUCCAGAAUGUCUGCAUUUAGUCUUCUGGGAAUCAAUUAACAGGUCCUAACUCUGAAUUAAGAAAGGUUUGAUCUGUGGAUGAAAUGAAUCAUGAUUUUCAAGCUCUUGCAUUAGAAUCUCGGGGAAUGGGAGAGAUGCAGAAAAAGAGUCCAGUCACUCCUUUGGGCCACAAGAGGGCACCCUGCAGCUAGCUAACCCUCCCCUUCUUCAGAACAGCGUUUUCCAAAGAGUUUGUCAUUUUCAGAGGACUGAUUUAAGGCUUUUGCCUACCAAAAAAUUUUGGGAACCUGAUGAUUCAACAAAAGAUGGACAAAAAGGCAUAUUUCUUGGGGAUGACGAAUGGAGAGAGACUGCAUGGGGAACUUCUCAUCAUUCAAUGUCCCAGCCUAUUAUGGUACAGAGAAGAUCUGGACAGGGUUUUCAUGGAAACAGUGAAGUAAAUGCAAUUCUGUCUCCGCGAUCUGAAAGUGGAGGCCUUGGCGUGAGCAUGGUAGAAUAUGUAUUAAGUUCUUCUCCUGCUGAUAAAUUGGAUUCUCGAUAUAGGAAGGGAACUUUUGGCACUAGAGAUGCUGAAACAGAUGGACCUGAGAAAGGAGAUCAAAAAGGCAAGGCUUCUCCAUUUGAGGAGGACCAAAACAGAGAUCUUAAACAAGGAGAUGAUGAUGAUUCUAAAAUAAAUGGCAGAGGUUUACCAAAUGGAAUGGAUGCCGAUUGCAAAGAUUUUAAUCGUACUCCUGGAAGUCGUCAAGCCUCUCCAACUGAAAUAGUUGAGCGCCUUGGCCCCAAUACUAAUCCCCCAGAAGGAUUGGGUCCUCUUCCUAAUCCUACAGCUAAUAAACCACUUGUUGAAGAAUUUUCAAAUCCUGAAACUCAGAAUCUGGAUGCCAUGGAACAAGUUGGUCUGGAUUCUUUACAGUUUGACUAUCCUGGUAAUCAGGUACCCAUGGAUUCUUCAGGAGCUACUGUAGGCCUUUUUGACUACAAUUCCCAGCAGCAGCUCUUUCAGAGGACUAAUGCACUAACAGUUCAACAGUUAACUGCAGCUCAGCAGCAGCAAUAUGCAUUAGCAGCAGCUCAGCAGCCACAUAUAGCUGGUGUAUUCUCAGCAGGCCUUGCUCCAGCUGCAUUUGUGCCAAAUCCAUAUAUUAUUAGUGCUGCUCCUCCAGGGACCGAUCCGUAUACUGCAGCAGGAUUGGCUGCAGCAGCAACAUUAGCAGGUCCAGCAGUGGUUCCACCUCAGUAUUACGGUGUUCCGUGGGGGGUGUAUCCAGCCAAUUUAUUUCAGCAACAAGCUGCAGCUGCUGCAAACAACACCGCCAGUCAGCAGGCAGCAUCUCAAACUCAGCCUGGACAGCAACAGGUUCUUCGUGCUGGAGCUGGUCAGCGUCCUCUUACUCCCAAUCAGGGUCAGCAAGGGCAGCAAGCAGAAUCACUUGCGGCAGCUGCAGCUGCAAAUCCAACUUUGGCUUUUGGCCAGGGUCUUGCUACAGGCAUGCCAGGCUAUCAAGUUCUAGCUCCAACUGCCUAUUAUGAUCAGACUGGUGCCUUAGUGGUUGGCCCUGGAGCAAGAACUGGCCUUGGAGCUCCAGUUCGAUUAAUGGCUCCCACACCUGUUUUAAUUAGUUCAGCAGCAGCACAAGCUGCAGCAGCAGCAGCAGCAGCAGCUGGAGGAACUGCAAAUAGUCUUACAGGCAGUACAAAUGGUCUAUUUCGGCCAAUUGGCACUCAGCCACCCCAGCAGCAGCAGCAGCAGCCAAGCACUAAUCUGCAGUCUAGUUCAUUUUAUGGGAGCAGUUCUUUGACUAAUAGCUCCCAGAGCAGUUCUUUAUUUUCUCAUGGACCGGGUCAACCUGGAAGUACAUCUCUUGGCUUUGGAAGUGGUACCUCUUUGGGUGCUGCUCUAGGCUCAGCCCUCAGUGGAUUUGGUUCAUCGGUUGGCAGUUCUGCAAGUAGUAGUGCCACAAGGAGAGAGUCUCUAUCUACUAGCUCUGACUUGUACAAAAGAUCUAGUAGCAGCCUAGCACCCAUAGGGCAACCAUUUUACAAUAGUCUGGGAUUUUCCUCCUCUCCAAGUCCAAUAGGCAUGCCUCUGCCAAGCCAAACUCCAGGACAUUCACUUACGCCACCGCCAUCACUUUCAUCACAUGGAUCCUCAUCCAGUUUGCAUUUAGGGGGACUGACAAACGGUAGUGGUCGAUAUAUCUCUGCAGCACCUGGAGCAGAAGCAAAAUAUCGAAGUGCUUCAAGCACUUCCAGUCUAUUUAGCUCCAGCAGCCAGCUCUUUCCUCCUCCUCGGCUUCGGUAUAAUAGGUCUGAUAUUAUGCCUUCUGGCCGCAGCAGAUUAUUAGAAGAUUUUAGAAACAACCGCUUCCCAAACCUUCAACUUAGGGACUUGAUUGGACAUAUAGUUGAGUUUUCUCAAGACCAGCAUGGUUCUAGAUUCAUACAGCAAAAGCUAGAGAGAGCUACUCCAGCUGAGCGACAGAUGGUAUUUAAUGAAAUUCUACAGGCAGCCUAUCAAUUAAUGACGGAUGUUUUUGGCAAUUAUGUUAUACAGAAGUUUUUUGAGUUUGGAAGUUUGGAUCAAAAACUAGCUCUGGCUACUCGUAUUCGUGGUCAUGUUCUUCCUUUAGCCUUGCAGAUGUAUGGCUGCCGUGUUAUUCAGAAAGCUUUAGAGUCUAUUUCUUCUGAUCAGCAGAGUGAAAUGGUAAAGGAGCUAGAUGGUCAUGUACUGAAAUGUGUGAAAGAUCAGAACGGAAACCACGUUGUACAAAAAUGUAUUGAAUGUGUUCAGCCACAAUCACUGCAGUUCAUCAUUGAUGCUUUCAAAGGACAAGUAUUUGUGCUUUCAACUCAUCCUUAUGGCUGCAGAGUAAUUCAGCGUAUUCUGGAGCAUUGCACUGCAGAGCAGACCUUACCUAUCUUAGAGGAACUUCACCAACAUACAGAGCAGUUGGUGCAGGAUCAAUAUGGCAAUUAUGUUAUUCAGCAUGUACUGGAGCAUGGCCGACCUGAAGACAAGAGCAAAAUUGUUGCCGAAAUCAGAGGAAAGGUCUUAGCCCUGAGUCAACACAAAUUUGCCAGCAAUGUAGUAGAAAAGUGUGUUACUCAUGCCUCCCGUGCUGAGAGAGCUUUACUGAUUGAUGAGGUUUGCUGCCAGAAUGAUGGUCCUCACAGUGCCUUAUACACCAUGAUGAAGGAUCAGUACGCCAAUUAUGUGGUUCAGAAGAUGAUUGACAUGGCUGAACCUGCUCAGAGAAAGAUAAUCAUGCACAAGAUUCGACCUCACAUUACUACCUUGCGCAAAUAUACAUACGGGAAGCAUAUACUGGCCAAGUUGGAAAAAUACUAUCUGAAAAAUAGCCCAGAUCUAGGGCCUAUUGGAGGACCACCAAAUGGAAUGCUAUAAAGGAAAAAGAGAAAGAAGAUGGUGAUUUAACCAUGUGAAAAGAAUAGAGGUUUUUUUUUCUUGUGAAUUAUCAAAACACAGCUCAACUAUGAAUAUUCAAUUUUUUUUAAAGCAAAACUAUUUAUUGACUUUAUUCAUCCAUUUGUAAAUUUUUUAAGGUUCUUGUGUAUAUUUGGGGGUGGGGUGGUGAAUUAUAAAUUGUAUUCAGCCCUGAGUGGAGACCUAUCAGAUUGGAUUGCUGGCAAAGCACAGAAUGCCUGUAUAUGAUAUAACUGUAUCAAAACAAAAAAGCUGUCACAUAUUUUGUAAAUUUUUACCUUGUAAAGUCACAAAAAUAGUUUUUAAAGGAAAAAGUACAGUAUUCUUUUAAUAAACUGGCUUGCAGUCUGAUAGGUCUACAACCCCAUAGCACAACAGGUUUAUAGAGAUGUAUAUAGAAUUAUAGUCCUUAUUUUUUUUCCUUUGCGUGAAGCUUUUUAUAACAGAUUAACAAUCAACUGCAUAAAUAUUAUUAAUAUUUUAAAAAGAAAGUUAAGUUGUAUUUUGGUAAUUCACAAACUAUCAUGCAAAUAAAAACUCAACAAGUAAGAUAAGAAUAAAAUGAUUUGAGAUAAAAGAACAUUAUUUACAGUGGAUGUGGUUUUAAUACAAAUACUGCCCUAUAAUGUCACUUGCAAUGUACAGAGGUAUUGUAUAUACUUAGAUAUGUAAUUGUUUUAAGAGUUAGAAAAAACAAAAUCAUGGUGACACUUCCAUCCAGUUAAGUGCACUAAAUGAAAAGUUAAUUUCGUAUUAACUUUUCAGUUUGGUUUGCAAAGAGCAAAAGUGGAAAUUUGUAUUUUCUUUUUCUAUAGAAUUACAAAAACAUGUUGAGGAAGUGUUGAGCUUUAUUUUGCUUUUUCAUACUAGAUACAGAAAGUAGGAACCAGAUAGAGGUAAAAAGGGGCCACAGAAAAGUGAAUCUGAUAGCUCAACAUUUAAGCAUGAUUACAUAUUCAGAUAGCUUUUUUUGCUUCCUAUAAAUAUAUGCAUUGUGUGUGUAGUAAUAAAUAGUUGUAAGUUUAUACACUUUAAAAGCAAAUCUUGUUUCAGUGUUUAUUAUAAAAGCCUUGCUAAUUUAGUGUAACACUUUCCUUGGUUGUACAGGUGUACAUUUGUAAACCUUCAUGCUGUAAAUGGAAUUUGUUUUAUCUCUUUGGAAAACACUGCAUUUUAGUGUACAUUUAUGUCCCUGCCCUCUGACCUGGCAAUAUAGUGUUGUAUAAUGUAAAUUUAUUUCUCCAAAUUGAGAGUGAGUUUUUUAAAAAAAUUUUUUAUCUUUAUAUGGUUUCAGAAGUAUGAACCAGCUUUCUUUUUAUUAUUGUGAGAAACAUUUUGUUUUAUAACAUAGUUGUUGACUCUGUUAAUAUGGACAUGCUAGGAUUUGGGUCACUUUGAAUUGAAGUCAGGGUAUUGUGCAUAACAGAAAGUAUUGGACUGAGAUAUCUGAUUACCAUGGAGGCCAAUGCUUUUUUCCAUCUUACCAAUGUGAUGUGACUUUUUUCUUUGUACAGAAGAGUACUGUAUUUUUGAAUAGCCUACUCCCAAGAAGAGCAAAUCUGUAUGAUAACAUUUUUUUCUCUGGACAUAUGACAUAACAGUAACAUGGUGUACAUUUACAAGCGGCCUUAUGUACAUUUCCCAACAAUCUUUUUAAGGCAAAAUUGUGAUCAUAUGUGUAUAAUUAAAAUCGUUUUUAAUCCUUUGCCUAUGAAAAUAUUUUGGAAAAAAACUUGCUUUGUAUAUUCAGUUUCUGAAAGAUAAAGAAAGUGCUUUGUAUUUUGUUGAAGUCAGUAUUUUGUAUAAACAUUUAUGUUGACCCACUUAGGUUUAGUGCUGAAAACUAAAAUGAACAUGCUGUCUCUGUCAUUUGAACUUGGAAGGAAUUUUUUAUUAGAGGUCUGCAAAUGAAAAGCAAUCUGCUGAGCACAAUAUGGAAUAUAAAGGUUUUAUCACUUAGCUGUUCAUAACAUGAAUAUUAAAAUAAUGGCAUGAGGGUUGGGGUGCCAGGAAUACUUUAAUGUUUGAUGUUGAGUAAUUCUAGUUUUAAUAAACUAGAAUUUGGUAAAUACCCAACAUUCCUUGGUGAGGCCAUUCAGUCCAAUCACUUGUCACUGUCCUCCUCAGAGUCAUACUGGUUCAUCAGCAUGUCCCUGUCUCAGUAGCAGUGUUUCCCCCACCCCCACACAAAGCUGCACCCUUCCACUUUUUCCUUCUUUGUCUUGCCAGCCUCAGAGUGUCUUGGCCCCAUGUUGGACCUUCCUCCCAGUAUCAGCCCCAUGAUUCAGGAUCAAAGCUGUCCUUAUUGGAGAUUGGUAAUGACUUUUCCUCCUAAUACUAGUAGAUGUAUUCUAGAGAAAUACCUGUUCUUGUAGAAAUUUUAUGGUCUGCCAUGUUUGGUGCCCACCCUAUUCCACCUUUUUAGUAUGUUGGCAUGGAAUUUUGGUAAAACCUGAGACUUCAGAAUAAAGAAAUUUGGGCAGAACCACUUAGGCUUUACUCUCUGAGCGUCUCCUUUUGAUAUGGAUUGUUUCUGGACCAGUUUGUCUAAGUCCUGGCUCUUAUUGGUUCAUAUGAAAUGUUAUCUUCACUUCUUUGUAUAUUAUGUGUAAAUUAGAAAAUGAAAAAUGUGUGAAUAACAUUGUAUGAAAUAAACCUGGUCUUGUGUUUUUCUCUAGACAAAAUACCCCAUCUGUACCUCAAUUACAAUUAAGAUUGCCCAUUCAAGUUUAUGCUGACUGAAGAAAACAAAAACGUUUUUAUCCAAUGAGUAUUAUCCUGGGGCCACUGAUUCUUCUGAAUGUUAGUCCCAUCUUUUAAUAUUGGUGAACUGUCUUAACUAUAAUUACAUGGAAUAAUUAUAGUUACCUACAGCCUGUUUCCUGUUCUAUAAAAUAAUGCAUCUUCAGGGUUUUGAAAAAAAAAAAAAUCACGUAAGUAUACACACAGGUGCUUCCUUUCAGCAUGAACUUGAGGCAGUGUUUAAAGGAAAGUAGAAGUACUGGUUUUAGGCCUGGAUUUGAGGUUUGCCCUGUGAACGUGGGUAUGUUAACUUAGCCUUGGUGCCCUCAUCGGUACCAUGGAAUAGCAGUGAUUAUCCCC